AAUUUUUGCAACCACGAUCUUCCGUUUCCCGUGGCACGUGGAAAUGUGAAAUGUGUGGUUAGCUCCAGAUCUGAAAAUGACACACUACUUAGCAAUACAACAUGUUCUGGAACUUUCUGUCGAAUUAAUAAAGUUGUUUUUCCUGACACCAGCUCGUAUUAUACGAAAGGAUGCGUGAGUGUGAAUGACUCGAUGGCCAAUAUUAAAGUUCAGGUAAUUUCAAGGCAAAUCAUUUGCGAUCUACUGCACGUUUAUCUGCAUCAGAUCAAAUUUAAGACUCCAAGUUUAGGUGACCCUUGUUGUUCUGCAACAUUAACCCUAACUGGUAACAAAUUAUGCACUGCUGUACAAUUAAAAAGCAAAUGUUGCACACUGAUUGACUUGUCUAUAAUUCAUCUACAGGUAGGUUAUAUAAACGUCAUGGGACAUGAGCAAUGGUACUGUGACGAAGAUUACUGCAAUCGUGACAUAAGGAGUGCGGAAAGGUCUAUUGAAGCAAAACUGCUGGCGCAAGUGUCAAGUUUACCCACGUCUUCACGUUCAUCUUUGUUCACUGUUUUGUUAUUCAACUUAUGUAGCAUUUUUCUCUUCCACGAACUGCAUGACUAA